AUGGAUGAGAUCAUUUACCACAUUUUUGACGUCAUAUCUAAUGAAAUUCUUGAUAAUCAGCAACAUCAACUUAUUUGCUCAGCUCAGACGAUUUUACAAACUGAAACUUUUAAGAAAAAAAAUGUACUCACCAUCAAUAAAGGAAGUGAACGAGUCGUGUUGCUGCUUUUCGUCUCCAUUGGAUCCAUGGUAGCUCAUGAAAUGUUGCUUAUUAGUAAUCCAAAUGUGGGUUUAUUAAAACAUUAG